AUGGCCAGAUGGUCCACUGUGUCAAUCAAGAGUUGGAGCCUAUCUUCUUGCCAGGCUUUUGUUCGAUGUACUGGCUCCGACUCAUGUACAGCCUUCGUGGAGAGCGGUGGCUGGGCCCUUACCUUCUGCCCAUUCUGUCAGCCGUUCGAGACACGGGGGCGUUCUUCUUCGUCACCUCCCUCUGUGUGGCCAGCGCGACGCAUGCCUACGUGA